AGUUGUAGUCAAGCGGGUGAAGUUUUACUUUACUGUAUAGUAUGUGGAAACCAGACUGCAAGUUCUGGGAGUUGUUGGACGUCUCCACACUCUCACACCUGGAGGGAAUUCCAGAAGAGGCGGGCCAUGGGAACUGCUGUCCCCAUGCUGCUGCUGUGGGUGUUUGUGCUCGCAGCCUCAGCGCUGGCAGCGCCGGCCCCCGGGGCAGAUAGGCCGAGUCGGCGAGCAUCCCAGGCUCCUAACGUGGUGCUAGUUGUGAGUGAUUCCUUCGAUGGAAGGCUAACAUUUCAUCCAGGAAGUCAGGUAGUGAAACUUCCUUUUAUCAACUUCAUGAAAACACAUGGCACUUCCUUUCUGAAUGCUUACACAAACUCUCCAAUCUGUUGCCCAUCACGUGCAGCAAUAUGGAGUGGCCUCUUCACUCACUUAACAGAAUCUUGGAACAAUUUUAAGGGUCUAGAUCCGAAUUAUACAACAUGGAUGGAUGUCAUGGAAGAACAUGGCUACCAAACACAAAAAUUUGGAAAACUGGACUAUACUUCAGGACAUCACUCCAUUAGUAAUCGUGUAGAAGCAUGGACAAGAGAUGUUGCUUUCUUACUCAGGCAAGAAGGCAGGCCUAUGGUUAAUCUUAUCCCCAACAAGGCUAAAGAAAGAGUGAUGGAAGCAGACUGGAGGAAUACAGACAGAGCAAUAAAUUGGUUAAGAAAGGAAGCAAUUAAUUACACUAAACCAUUUGUUCUGUACUUGGGAUUAAAUUUACCACACCCUUACCCUUCACCAUCUUCAGGAGAAAACUUUGGAUCUUCAACAUUUCAUACAUCUCUUUAUUGGCUUAAAAAAGUAUCUCAUGAUGCCAUCAAAAUCCCCAAGUGGUUGCCUCUGUCAGAAAUGCACCCAGUAGAUUAUUACUCUUCUUAUACAAAAAACUGCACGGGAAAGUUUACAGACAAAGAAAUUAAGAAUAUUAGAGCAUUUUAUUAUGCUAUGUGUGCUGAGACAGAUGCCAUGCUUGGUGAAAUUAUUUUAGCUCUUCACCAGUUAGAUCUUCUUCAGAAAACUAUUGUCAUAUACACUUCAGACCACGGAGAGCUGGCCAUGGAACAUCGACAGUUUUAUAAAAUGAGUAUGUAUGAAGCUAGUGCCCAUGUUCCACUUUUGAUAAUGGGACCAGGAAUAAAGGUCAACCAACAAGUAUCAAAUGUAGUUUCUCUGGUGGAUAUUUACCCUACAAUGCUUGAUAUUGCUGGAAUUCCUCUGCCUCAAAACCUGAGUGGAUACUCUUUGUUGCCAUUAUCAUCAGAACCAUCUAAGAAUAAACAUAAAGUCGAAAACCUACAUCCUCCCUGGAUUCUGAGUGAAUUCCAUGGAUGCAAUGUGAAUGCUUCCACCUAUAUGCUUCGAACUAAACAAUGGAAGUACAUAGCCUACUCUGAUGGUGCUUCAGUAUUGCCUCAACUCUUUGAUCUUUCCUUGGAUCCAGAUGAAUUAAAAAACAUUGCUGCAGAAUUUCCAGAAAUCACUUAUUCUUUGGAUCAGAAGCUUCGUUCCAUUGUAAACUAUCCCAAAAUUUCUGCCUCUGUUCACCAGUAUAAUAAAGAACAGUUUAUCAUGUGGAAACAAAGUAUAGGGCAAAAUUAUUCAAAUAUUAUAGCAAACCUUAGGUGGCAUCAGGAGUGGCAGAAAAAACCAAGGAAGUAUGAAAGUGCGAUUGAUCAAUGGCUUAAAACCCACGUUGCUUCAUAGUUUGAACAAAAAUAAGAAAAUAAUUGUUCUAGAGCUACAUAUAAAUAUGUUCAUAUGUAUUUUAAAUGAAACAAUUUUAGUAAUUACUGACUUUUACUUUAAAGAAUGUAUUGUAUCUUAAAAUGCCACUCAUUAUAGAAUUAUAUAUUUUCAGAAAUGGCUAUUAAGACCUAUUCUUACAAACUUUGUUUUUUUUUUUUUUUUUUGGUGUGGUAUGAAGGAUUAAACCUAGCAUGCUUAACCACUGAGCCAUAUCCCCAGCCAUUUUUUAUUUUAUUUUUUUUUUAGUGGUGCUGGGGAUUGAACCCAGGGCCUUGUGCAAGCAUUCUACCAACUGAGCUAUAUCCCCAGCCCUUAUUUUUUAUUUUGAGACAGGGUCUCACCACGUUGUUUAAGGCCUUGCUAUGUUGUGGAGGCUGAUUUUGAAUUUGUGAUACUCCUGCCUCAAUUUCCUGUGCCGCUGGGAUUAUAGGCCUGUGCCACCGUGCCUGGCUAUUCUUACAGACUAGUAAGAUUUAAUGGAAAUAUCAAAAGGACAGAAGCAGUUACUAUACUAUAAAGUUAUUAUUCUGAAUAAAUAUAGACUAUAAAAUAUUUUAAUAAUAUUAUUAACUUGUAAACCAUAAAAUAAUAAUAUGUAUUUGACAGUGUUAGUGAGUUAUUUGUAUUUGAUGGGAUCAUUUGGUUUUAAUAAUAUUAGGAUUCUUGUAGUGUUUUUUUAACAUGUCUAAAUUUGUACUUUCAUGUAACCAAAUUUAUGAAUCUUUACACCUCAUAAGUAUAUGCAAUUAUAAUUUGUUGAUUAAAAUAAUAUUCAUUUUGAAAUUUA